GAACGCAGGAACGGACGGGAGGAAAAAAAAGCUCGUCUGGUAUAGAGGCUUGGAGAAAGUGCUGGACCCACCGGACUUACCUUGGCGUGGAUGGUGUGCGAUCGACGAUGGAUUCGGUGCUAAACACGGUCCAACGGUUUCUGUACAUCGGAAGCGAUAUACCGUUUGUGUUUGACCCACCACCGCCGCUGGAUCUGGAGCUGGGAAAGCAGGUUCUCGGACCAGCGGUGAAUCCUGUGGAUCCAGCCGGAGCAGGAAAACAACCGGAACCACCCGUUACCACCGAAGGGCCGGCACACAAGAAAACCGGCAACAAAAAGAAGGACAAUCAAACGAUUAAGCUGGAAGUAGAGAAGGCGAAGCAGCAGCAAACGAAGAACAACAAACCGGAAACACCGAAAGCUGCUGCUGCUGCUGCUACGGAAAGCAAAUCAUUAACAUCGAAGCCCGUAGAAACGGUUGCCACUGCUGUGCUGCCACUGCAUCCAGUGCUUGCUUUGAUUAAAUCGACUUUCAAAAGCAAAUCACUCCGCCGGACGGACGAGUGUCUGUUUGCAUUGGCAUACUGCGCACGAAACUUUGCCACACCGGAGGAUCGUCACGCCGUGUACGUGCUGCUGCCGGAGCUGAUUCGCACGUCGCACGAUCUGCUUACGUUCAUUUCCUACUUCACUCAGCUCGCCACACAAUCGGGACAUGCCGGAUUUGGCCACGGGUUGCGCACAGCCAUCACGCGCUGGUACGAAAAGUUUACGCCGAUCGAUCUGGCCGAAAUGCUGGUGCGGAGCAUUAGCACAGCCGGCUGGACGCACAAGGACGUGAUAGCUAAGGCGCAUCCGAAGCUAAACUGUGUCGAAAAACAGGCGCUGCUCGAUGCGGCCAUGAAGCGUACCAGCCAGCUGCAGGAGAAGAAAGCUCCGGAAAAGAAGGGCAAGAAGAAAAAGCAGAAGGAAACUGUGGCACCGCCAGCACCGGCGCUUCCAGCAACCAAGGAGACGGCUGUUGCAGUAAGCAGCUCGAAAGCUUUCAGGCGCUACCAGACACUGUUGCAGUUCAAAUCGGUUCCAAACGCUGGGAAAGCGCUGGAACUGUUGAAGCAGCACGGUGCGAAGGGUAGGCUUGAGCUGCUGCCACGCCAUCUGCGACGCUUUGCAAAGGUUUGGGAGGCACUGUAUCCGUACCUUACGUACCGUGAGCUGCUGCAGGCGGCCCUGCCAAUGCAUGACUUCCGGCUGCUUAAGGAGGGCGAUGCGAACACCAAGGCGUACGUGGAAACGUUAAAGAAGCGGUUGGAUGCGCUCGAAGCGGAAUGCAUCCAUCCGAUCGAGGUGUUUGUGAUUGCGAAGCUGUACCAGCACGGCAAGCGGUACGUGACCAAAGUCAAGGAAGAGAUGCACACCCUUUACCUAACGGAUAUGUGUCCACCGCUGAAGGAAGUGCAGGACCGGCUGAACGAGGCACUGGAACAUUCGCUGAGCCAUCAUCCGAAGACGGGUGUUCGCUACUAUAUCGCGCUUGAUCUGCGCUGUGUUUACGAUCGAAAGAAAAUUUUUCGUAACCAGGUCAUCACCUGCUUCCAGGCUAGCGUACUGUUAGCCUUUUCCAUCUACAAGCGGGAGAAGAACGUAACGGUUGUGGCGUUUACCGAAGACAAGGAAGCGCUUGCCAGUGUCGAGUUCGAGCCGAGCAUGACGUUGGAACAGGCCAUGAAGCUCUGCGUUGGGCUGAUGUUGCCAACCACCAAGGUAUCGCUUGAAGCACCGAUCAAACAGGCCGAAGCGAGCAAACUGAAGGUGGAUGUGUUCAUCACCGUCACGGAUUCGUUGAUCCGCGUGAAUCCUACCCGCCGUCCACCGACUGCACAGCUGCAGGAGUAUCGCAAAAAGAUGAAGCUGAAUCUAAGCAGAUAUGUUGCUAUUUCGCUGACUCACCAUACACCAUCGCUGGACUGGACUGGGCCGGGCAAGGACACGGGUGGAUUGCUGGAAAUGGUUGGAUACAGCGCACACAACGCCAAGGUUAUCGAGGCGUUUGCUAAAAAUAAUUUCUUCUAAACGAGCAGCAAACACAUGUCCGCGGCACGGCGGUGUGGCUUGCUGGGUCAGUAAGUACUGCAACUAUGAAUUACUACUCAUCUGAUAUAGCAUUUGCUCGGUUCCGCUUAUUUCGACGAGACAUCACGGCACGUAAGCCAUUGGAUGCUGCUGGCAAAGGAAUGAAUUCGUUUACGUUAUCAAGAUAACGUCUUUUAUAAUUUUUUCGUUGGUUUUUUGUUGCUUUUUGUAAUCUCCUUAAUACUGUAUUUCGAAUCAAAAUUCAAUUCUGAAUUGAUGUACGUUUAGAAUGUAAAAUCAAUUUAUUUUCUACCUUCUUUUUAAUAUUCUUAAUACCUUUUUCUAUUGUUUAACUUUUCUGGUAUUAUUUUUGCUUCUCUUGGAACAACUCUGAUGAGCUGGUAUUUUUAUAACUAUAAUAAUAUUACUAGACUAGUUUUAGAAGGAUCCUAUAUGCAUUCACCAUCUCCAAACCUUGUAACGAUAGGGCAUACAUAGUGGAGUAGUCUAAAACGUUCUUCUAUAGUGCUUUUAUGACGUGCUGAACACUGAUUCUACUUUCUACAGGCAAACUGGCUUAUUUUUAUCGUGAAACAAUAUUGCAUUUUCCUCACUCACCACGUUGUAAUCCUUAUUUUGAAACCGAUGUCUUUUCCUCACCGAAUUUGAUUUCUGCUUCUACUUCAUCUUGGCUUAACGACCAAUACGAAGCGACAGUGGGGCCGAUCUUCACACGACGGAAAGCCAUUAGAUGCACACAUGAUCUAGCUCGCAGGUCGUUUAGCCAACAAGAAGGUGCAGGACUGUAGAACGUGGUAACAGUGUUCGAAUAGGCCCGAUCAUAUCCGGGCCAAUGUUACAACACAACUCCUUAUUGCUUUUUUUCCUAGUCAGUUACCGAAAUCAAGUUGAAAACUUCCAAUUCUGCUCGUUUUUUUAUUUCCUUUUUUACUACUGUUACAAAAGGCGUUUAAAGCUAGUACUAAAUGAGGCAAACUUUCUACACUCUUCCCUAAAAUAUAUGUAUAUCGUAUUGCGCGUGUGUAUGUAUGCAUUAGGGCCGAUAGAAAAACAAAGGCAUAGGCAUUAAUGAUCUUAAAUUGAUCGCAAACUCUACACUCUCCCCUUUUUUGUUCGAUGUAGUGUUUAUAGCCGUCAAGCUUCGAUGUAAGUUCCUCUUAUUGUACGGAACGGAUAGCUGUAAGCAAUGUAAUGUUACUCACAUCACAACAAUAUUUAUGUAGAUUACAUUACACCGACAUUACAUUACAAGUUAGAAACCCAUGCAAACCAAUUUCUAAUAACCGAUCAAAUCAAAACCCCCCCCAUAAAAAAACUGUGAUUAUCGAAAACGGUCGAAACUCUGGUCAAAAUAUGUUUGUUUUCCUCCCCCUGCGUGAGAUACAAGACAAUGAAUCUUUGUUGCAGAUUAUAUGAAACAACUCAGACCUAUAUAACACUAUAUACUCUCUCACACACAUGGCAUCCCCCAAUGCCUCUAUACACAUAUCUCCUAAUGUAACAUAAUGUUUUUUUUUGUUUGAAUUGUAUGUUCAAAAACAACUGUUAUAUGUUUGAGUGUUUGUUUGUCACAUUUAAGCUAUACUCACGUGUGGAUGUGGAUACACUAACUCCAAAUUGACAAAGCAACAAUCUGUGGUAAAAGAAAACUAAUGCAACUAAUUCGGGCAACUAGUCGAGAAACGAUAAAAAGUGCUUCUUAGAACACAUACGACUAAAGCGCGGUGUGGUGUGGAUUCCAUUUCCAAAACACACACACACACACGCACACAUUGAGUGUGUUUCAAUCCAUUUCCCGUCCGCGUUCGAAUGAAAUCGUACACAUCCACAAUUAAGCAUCGCAAAUGGUGAGAAAUGUCCCCUAAAGCGCUGCUGCCUAAAAUGAGAAGAGAUUAUACACAAUACAUUGUUUUUUGUUUGUUUUGGUAGUUGUCUUUAAAUUACACAAAGCAAAGCAAAAAAAUCAUAGCAAAAUUUGCGGAAAAGUGCAUCUUAUUUAAAAAGGAAGAAGGCCAAUAAUAUAAUCUCGCAAGCAAACUGCCACAACUCACUCACUCACCUUAUUACACUGUAUUGAGGUUGAUAAUAAGUUUGUUGAACGCAAAACAAUCAAAUCAAAUUGAAAAAUCGGAAGGAGCGAGAAGAAUUGUUUAUUCGAGAAGAAUUAUUUCGCCUGUUGAAACCCCCUCCAAAACCAUGUCCCCCAUGCAAUGAUCCGGCGACUGGAGCGACUUAACGCGUGCGUGGCGGCGGUAGUGAUAGCAAAACAAAAAGCCAAGGAUCGAGCGGUCAGCAUGCGGUGUAACAGCAGUAUUCGUUAUUAGUAUUUAAAGAGCAAAAAAAAAAAAAAGCAAAGGUGGGAAACAAUAAUCACACAAAACCUGCGUAAAAGUGCCGAUUAAGGUUUUGAAGCGCCGUGAAGGUAAAUAUAGCAUUAGGCAAAGACAUGACACAACGGAGCAGCAAUAACAGCUGGCCGGGGGGAACCCUACUAAUUUUCGUUUUGUUAUAGUUCGUUAAACGUUCUGUUUCUGCAGAAGAAAAAAAAAACACUAAGAAGACUGUUUUAAGCUUUUAAAGUCAAGCCAAAGGGUACGGUUUUUUACUUUUUCGUUUGUGUGCAGAGAGCGUUGUUCUCGGUUUUACGCACACUCGCACACCUUCUCUCUCUCUGCACCGAAUGCACAAAACUUGCAUGCGUACGAAAAUAUUAAAAAGAAAACAAACACACAAAACAUAGAAGAAAGACGGGUAAUCUCAUCAUUAAGGACCGAUACGUACCGUAAGAAAGUUAGUAGUACUGUACAGAAACUGAAAAUUUGAAUGUAAGGUUGAACUUAACACACACACAAGCACUGUUACACCUCCUGCGAUCGCUCAUCCACCGCUCAUCUUGGCAGAAGCAGACCUACCUAGGCUACCAUUUCGAUGAGCCUUUAUUUCUUUCAAUGCAAAAUGUGAUACGAAAUCGAAUGGAAUAUUGUUUCCCUGUAAGCAACAAAUCCGUUUAUAGCCAAAUGAUCUGGAACAGAAAAUAAAAUAAAAUAGUAAAGCAAACGAAAAUGACGAAAUCGAAAAUAGAUAGAGUAGUUAACGACGGAAAAACACUUCACCCAACAACGGUGCAGCAGCAACAAAAAAGCAAGCGAGCAAAACCGCAAACACCACCAAAUGUUAAGUUCCAGUUUUGGGAAUUCGAACAAUGUACUAGCACAAUAAUCGGUUGCGGCAGCAUUUUCCGAAUCCGGAGAGAGAAUUAAUUAGCAAUGGUGAUAUUUUUGUAAACGUGUUAAAACAAAUUCUAAACGAAAGCCGAACAACGCAACACUGGCGGAAGGAGAUUAGGAAAGAAGGAUUACUGCAACUACCCUCCAACUGUUACUUUAUUGUUUGCUUGUUGUCAGCAAAAACAGCAGCCAGAUUUAUGUCAAAAAGAGUGGUUCUUCUCUAUCCUUACCAGCCAACCGAACUAUCUAUAUAUUGAAAAUGAUCAAACAUUUAUCUACAUUUCUCGACUGCCGCCGUCGCCGACACCCGGCCAGUUUAAAAACAAAAAAGAGGUGAUAUGGUACCCCACUGUACACGAAAGUAUUCAAUCAUGAUGUGAUUUUAUUCACGUGGUUAAACCAGACAACAAAAAACGCUUACAACAUUUAUCAUAAUAGAGUGAGAGAGAAAGAGGUUUAGAACAAUGAGGCAUUAUUACUUUAUAGUUUUCCUUCAAUCGUUGUACAAUAGCGAGCAGUUUCGGUGUGUCUCGUUUCAUUCUUUUCGUCGUUUUGUGUAAUAUGUGUUUAAACUAGUGAUCUAAAGCAAAAAGUGUGACCGAAAAGAAAAAAAAUGGUGGCCGUUUUGCAGCAAAAAAAUAGCGUUAAAAAGAAGACUGACAACAAAUUUGGUCAACAUUAUUACGAGCACACACACACAAUAAUAUGCGCAAUGAUGGGCGAUAAUUGGCGACCGACCACCACACUCUUAUCUUAUGAACCAAGCAAGCAACGCACCGAAAAACCUGAAUCGAAAGCAAGAAGAAAAUACACUGAACUGAUAUGUUUUGAUGAAACGUGAAAAAACACUCAAUCCAUUUUGUAUGCACUAAGCUAAAGGACAGCUAUAACGUGUACCACACACCACCUUACAACCUUUCCAGCCUUUAGUGCGCUGGCUCGUAUCGUUUAAAGUUAAGUUUAUGUGUUAGUAGUUUAUACGUUUCCACUUGCAUGAGUGCGUGUUCUGGUUUCAAUCCUUCCCUUGCUGCUGCCAUACAGGGACAUGCGAAGGGUGUACGAUCCUUAGUUUUUAUUAAAGAAAAAAUCGCAUUCGAACUAUUAGGGCUUUACUUUACCACAUACAACAAAAAAAAAACACUUUUUUGGCUAGUAAAACCCGUUAGAAAACGAAUAGAAAAAAAAACAACUAAUUUCAAAAAUGUUCAACAAUGAAUAGACAAAAAGGAGCAUCAAUCACUAAUAUUAUGCCAUAAUUGAUUCCUCUCUCGCGUGAUAAAUGAAUAUUUUUGGGCCUGGAAGAAGAAAUCACUUCGAACAAAGCAACAAAACACUCACAAAUCGAUAAACGUUAAGAUAGAUAUAUAAAAAAAACAAAAACACGGAAAUUCAUAAAGAGACCACAAACUAGUAUGGAAAAAACCGGUUAUUUUUGUACGAAAAACAAAACACAUUGCGAUAAACGAAAUGAGAACAAUAAUGAUGGAAAAGGAACAACAACAACAAAAACACAGUAAACAUUGGGCUUUAUACAAAUUCAAA